AUAAACAUAGCACCGACAAGGAGUGAUGGAAGGAUGCGCACUGCGCUGCUGCAUAGGAGGCUACCCAAACCCUCCAUAUAUUCCCGCCAAACUCCCGCCGUUUCCCCCGCGGAUUUCCCCCCCACUUUCCCGCCUUCUUCUUCAACUCUAUUUACAUUUGCAUGUAGCCCCCCUCCCUCUUUUAUCAUCCACCCUUUCCUCUCUCUCUCUCUGCGUUCAUUUCCAUGGCUUCCCGUCGCCCCACCAAUGGCCGAUCGCCGCUGGUGAACCAACAACGCCAAAUCACAUCUUUCUUCACCAAGUCCUCCUCUUCAUCUUCAUCCCCUUCCCCUUCCCCGUCCGUUCUUCUCUCCAAACAAACCCCUGUUACAAUAUCCAACCCUAAACCCAAUUCCAACCCUAAACGAAGCCCUAGCCCCAGCCCCACCACUCCUUCACCUCUUCAGACCAAACAAAAGAAGAAAAAGAAGCUCGACAAACCCCUCCUACUCAUCGGCUCAUCUCCGUCCUCCCAUCCAACACCCGACGCCGCCACUAUAUUGUACGGCGAUGAGGUCGUCAACAAGAGGAUUAAAAUUUACUGGCCACUUGAUCAGUCUUGGUACGAAGGUUCGAUCAAGUCUUUUGAUAAAAUCUCCCGUAAGCAUCUGAUUCAGUACGACGAUGCCGAUGAGGAGCUUUUGGAUCUCGCUAAAGAAAAGUUUGAGUGGGUGGAGGAAGUUACCAGAAGGUUCCGCCGGCUGCGCCGCGUCUCGGUCAUUGAAGAUGAUGAAGGAGAGGCGGUGACCAAUGCGGCGGAGGCAGAAAGUGGCAGUGCCGAUGAUGAUUCGGCUGAUGAAGACUGGGAUAAGAAUGGCGAAACAGAAGCAGCUGAGGAUGUUUUGGAUGGUAUGGAUUUCGAGGAGGAAGACAAUGAUGUGAAAAUAGCAAAACGAACUCCGGCCAAGAAUUCAGAAUUAAAAAAGCGAAAGUCAAGUGGAGGGCAGUUAGGUUCUAGUAAGAAGAGCAAGAGUGCUUUAGAUGGCAAUGGAGGCAAAAUGGUGGAGCCCAAAGAUAAUGGCAGCGGAAAGGGGUCUCAUGUUGUGGAUGAUGCUUUAGUGGGGGAUGCAGCAGAAAGGUUUGGCAUGCGCGAAAGACAGAAGUUGCACUUCCUUGGGGAAGAGCGUAGGGAUGCUAAUAGAAGGCGUCCUGGAGAUGUGAAUUAUGAUCCAAGGACUCUCUACUUACCUCCUGAUUUUUCUAAGAGCUUAAGUGGUGGCCAGAGACAAUGGUGGGAGUUCAAGUCAAAGCAUAUGGAUAAGGUUCUAUUUUUCAAGAUGGGCAAGUUUUAUGAGCUUUUCGAAAUGGAUGCACAUGUAGGAGCGAAAGAACUUGAUUUGCAGUAUAUGAAGGGAGAACAGCCUCAUUGUGGAUUUCCUGAAAAGAAUUUUUCACUGAAUGUAGAGAAGUUGGCUCGAAAGGGCUAUCGGGUUCUUGUUGUCGAGCAGACAGAGACCCCUGAACAGCUGGAGGUUCGUCGCAAGGAGAAAGGUUCUAAAGACAAGGUUGUGAGACGGGAAAUAUGUGCUGUGGUCACAAAAGGAACAAUAACUGAGGGAGAGACAAUUUCAUCGAACCCUGAACCUUCUUACUUGCUGGCGGUGACGGAAAGCUGUCGAACUUCAGCAAACCAGCAGGAGCGCAUCUUUGGCAUUUGUGUGGUUGAUGUUGCUACAAGCAAGAUUAUCCUUGGUCAGUUUCAGGAUGAUCCAGAGUGCAGUACGUUGUGUUGUCUAUUGUCUGAAUUAAGGCCAGUGGAAAUUAUAAAGCCUGCUAAAAUUCUUAGCCUUGAAACUGAGACAGCGCUGUUGAGACACACAAGAAGUCCUUUAGUUAACGAAUUGGUUCCCCUUCUGGAAUUCUGGGAUGCUGAGAAAACUGUCUCCGAAGUCAAGGCUAUCUACAGGCGUAGUAAUGAAGCAAAUUUGCAUGAUAGUGGAUCCUCUUCAGAGGAGGCCUUCAGAUCCCUACCAAAUGCAUUGUCAGAGCUUGUGAAUGCAGGUUAUGAUGGAAGCUAUGCGCUUUCAGCUCUUGGAGGCACUCUUUUCUACCUGAAGCAAACUUUUCUGGAUGAAACUUUGCUCAGAUUUGCAAAAUUUGAGUUGCUUCCGUGCUCUGGUUUCAGUGAUAUUGGUCAAAAGCCGUACAUGGUGCUUGAUGCAGCUGCACUGGAGAAUCUUGAGAUAUUUGAGAAUAGCAGAACAGGAGACCCUUCAGGGACAUUAUAUGCACAGUUGAACCAUUGUGUGACAGCAUUUGGAAAGAGGUUACUCAAAACAUGGCUUGCAAGACCUUUAUAUCACGUGGAAUCCAUUAAAGAACGUCAGGAUGCUUUAGCAGGACUCAAGGGGGUCCAUCUACCUUUUGCACUUAAAUUUCGAAAAGAUUUGUCCAGGCUUCCAGACAUGGAGCGGUUGUUGGCUCGCAUCUUUGCUAGUAGUGAAGCUAAUGGAAGGAAUGCAAAUAAAGUAGUUCUAUAUGAGGACGCAGGAAAGAAACAGCUACAGGAGUUCAUAUCAGCUUUGCGUGGCUGUGAAUCAAUGAGCCAAGCAUGCUCUUCACUUGGUGUCAUUCUGGAAAAUGUUGAAUCUAGGCUGUUACAUCAUUUGCUAACUCCUGGUAAAGGUCUUCCUGAUGUGCAUUCCGUUUUGAAACAUUUCCAGGAUGCCUUUGAUUGGGUGGAAGCAAACAAUUCAGGGCGUAUAAUACCUCAUGAAGGGGUUGAUAUGGAAUACGAUUCUGCAUGUAGGGCAGUUAUAGAGUUGGAGUCGAGUUUGAAAAAACACUUGAAGGAACAGCGGAAUUUACUUGGAGAUCCAUUGGUAACUUAUGUAACUAUCGGAAAGGAUGCAUACCUUUUGGAAGUCCCUGAAAGUUUAUGUGGGAGGAUUCCCGAGAAUUAUGAAUUACGGUCAUCCAAAAAGGGCUUUUUUCGGUACUGGACUCCAACUAUUAAGAGGUUGAUAGGAGAGCUCUCACAAGCUGAAUCUGAAAAGGAGUCUAAGUUGAAAAGCAUCCUACAGAGGUUGGUUGGACGCUUCUGUGAGCAUCAUAAUAAGUGGAGACAAUAUGUUUCUUCAAUUGCAGAACUCGAUGUUUUGAUAAGCUUAGCAAUUGUGUGCGACUAUUAUGAAGGACCCACAUGCCAGCCUGUUAUCUUAGGGUUGCCGUGUCCAGAUGAAGUGCCUUGCCUCUCUGCUAAAAGUCUAGGCCAUCCAGUUAUAAGAAGUGAUUCUCUAGGCAAGAGCACAUUUGUCCCCAAUGAUGUUACUAUUGGAGGUUCUGGUCAUGCAAGCUUCAUACUUCUCACUGGUCCUAAUAUGGGCGGAAAGUCCACUCUUCUGCGCCAAGUUUGCUUGGCUGUAAUUUUAGCCCAGCUAGGAGCGGAUGUCCCUGCAGAAAGCUUUGAAAUGUCACCUGUCGACCGGAUCUUUGUUAGGAUGGGUGCAAAAGAUCAUAUUAUGGCUGGCCAAAGCACAUUUCUGACAGAGCUUCUGGAGACAGCAUCUAUGCUGUCAUCUGCUACCUGCAAUUCACUUGUGGCGUUGGAUGAACUUGGACGCGGGACAUCUACUUCAGAUGGGCAAGCCAUUGCGGAGUCGGUACUUGAACAUUUCGUCCACAAGGUGCAGUGUCGAGGAAUGUUUUCAACUCACUAUCAUCGAUUAGCUGUAGACUAUCAGGAGGACCCCAAAGUCUCCCUAUGCCAUAUGGCAUGCCAAGUUGGAAAAGGAGUAGGAGGUCUGGAAGAAGUUACCUUUCUUUACAGGUUGACACCUGGUGCUUGCCCUAAAAGCUAUGGCGUCAAUGUUGCGCGGCUAGCUGGACUUCCCGAUGCUGUACUUUACAAAGCUGCUGCCAAGUCUCAAGAGUUUGAAGGAAUGUAUGGCAAAAACAGGAAAGGGUUGAAGGACAAAUUGGCUAUUCAACGUUGGGAAGUCAAAGUAGCCGGUCUUAUCCAAGAUUUAAGUAAAGUCACAUCGAAUAUGAAUUGCCACAAGUCUGCUGAGACAAUACAUAACAGAUCACUGAAUGAACUGCAGCAUAGAGCAAGGCUGCUUCUGAAGCAAAGCUAGAACAGUUGUUAUUCAUGUCUACCUGCAUCGGCUCUUGUACAGUUACAAUGUGGUAUUUUUUGAGAAUUUUCUCAAACCCAAAUCAACGUGGAUGGAUGAUGGCUUUGGAGCUUGUUUCUUCUCUAUUAGUUGAAGGGACAACCACAAUGAUAUGGCCCAAAAUAGGACUGCACUGGGCCCUCAGUCUGAGACACCAGGAGUAUAAAUCAGAUAUAUUUUACUCCACUUGAGAGAUUGUAGUUUCAAGAGGCUUUCUUUUGUCCCAUGGGAGAGAUGUGACUAUUCGCUAUUAAUUCCCAGGAAUUGAACAACCGCAACUGAGAAACCUUUUUGCUUGGUACAUGCCCUUGUGAUGUGAUUUCAGGGCGCAUGUAACAUUGGAGAGAUUGCAACUACUUGAUAUGAAAUUCCAACCAACAAACUUUCGUCCUUGCCCAACUACUCUACCACUUUGGUUGAUAAUGGAGUGCGAUUCUGUAUUUUAAUUACAAAAUGCAAACGACCUGCAUGAAUGGUUGUGGAUUGUACAUGGUGUAAUCACUGUUUUAAAGGGGGAAAGGAAACCAGAGUUGACUUUUUUGCGUUCCUCUA